CUCGCAAUGUUCGCUCUGAACAUCUUUGCUCAAUUCUUCGUGGCCAAGGGUUUAUGCAUCAUAGCCUCCUCUCGUGUAACAUUCUCUUUCUCCCGCGACGAUGCACUCCCUUUCUCCAAAUAUCUCAAAAGGGUAAACACCAGGACAAAAACGCCCUUAAGUUCGGUCUGGUUCGUGAUCCUCGUCGCCGCUCUUGAAUGACUUUUCAUCUUCGCAGGGCCGGUGGCUAUCGGCGCCGUCUUCAGUAUUGCUGCAAUCGGCCAACAAGUCGCGUUUGGGGUUCCAAUUGCGUCGAGGGUCUUUGCAGGGAGGAGUUUUAGACCUUGUCUUUCAACCUUUCCGUUUACUAUCUUCUCUCUCUUUUUUUAUCUUUUUCAUUUUCUUUUUUCUUCUUCAAUCUAAGAGAGAAAUAGGACCCUGGAAUCUAGGACGUUUCUCUACACUAAUAGGCAUUGUAGCUAUUGCGUGGAUCAUCCUCAUCAUUCCCGUCCUCUGCUUCCCAGCCGUCAAAGGAAAAGAUCUAAAUGCGCAGACAAUGAGUUACGCAUGUCUACUCUACGGAGGCGUGAUGUUGCUGGCCUUGGGACGGUAGCUACGCGGUGGAUGCGAGGAAAUGGUUUAGAGGGUCGAGGGUUAAAUUUGAGCAUUUGAUUCCGG